UACGAUUGCUCCUCUGCCGACCUCAAUCCCAUCGGUUCUGUCAGUAAGACCGACCUUCGGAAGUUUUUGCAACUGGCCCAUGAUGAGUACGGCAUGACUGCCCUUGAAUCGUGAGAUUGAUAAAAAAACUUCGAACCUAAACUGAAAACUUCUAAAGGGUCAUCUCUUCGAUACCGACUGCUGAGCUGAGACCCAUGGAGAAAUGGAGAAGUCACCCAGACGGACGAGGUUUUUUUCACCACAUGAAAAUGGAAACAUUUUUGAGCUCCAGAAUGA